AUGCAGUGCCUUCCACCACGUAACAGCUCAGGUUCCUUUACUCCUGAACCAGAAGCAUUACGAAUAACCCGCACGGUCUUGUUCAGUCUGAUAGCAGCUCUCGCCUUGGUUGGAAAUUAUGUGGUGUGUCGAGCUGUCUGGAGAUUUACCGGAGCCAAACCGAUAGCACAUUACCUUGUCAGUAACUUGGCUUUUGCUGAAAUUAUCAACAUGGUUUGUAUAGUGUUCAUGUUCCACGCAUAUGAACCACCAUGGUCUUGGGAGCUUGGGAGUGUCAUGUGCAAGAUUCUCCCCCCUCUACAGGUAACUAGUUCUCUGGUUAUCUCAGCAUCCCUGGCCAUUCUUGCUGUCUACCGAUGCGUCUUGCUAAUUAAACCCAUGAUCACCAAGCCAACACGCAGACAAACGUGUCGUGUUAUACUUAUCUCUUGGGCGGGAUCUAUUGGUCUGUCGGUUCCUGCGGGGCAUUUUCGCGUCUUAAAAUCAUGGGGCAAAAACUGCGAGUUGCGUUUCUGUUACGAAGAAUUCCCCCAAGGAUUUGAACACUAUCAGAACAUUUACUCGAUCGUCCUAUUCGUAGUGAACUUUGUCUUGCCAUUUGUAAUAAUGGCAAUUUCUUAUUCCCUGGUCGAUAAGAAGAUCAGAGAACACAUCUUUGUCAAACAACGGCUCAGGGACGAGCAAAACAAGGCUAUGUCAACUGUUACCCAGAAUUCUGUGUGUACAGAGGAGCCACAAUCAACGAAAAGAGGCAGUAUGGUUUUUAGCCAAUCAGGUGGCGAAAACCAUGAAGAAAUACAGCUCGAGUAUAGUGCAACCAGCAACAUCAAAGACGACGAGAGAGGACAACAACGGGAAAGCCAUGACAAGUACGUCACCUUGAAAGAAGACACUGACCAAACUGAGAGCUCACCAAACGUUCGGACAGUUACGAAAAACGACAACAGCGCAUUUGAGCUUGAAAACGACCUCCUAAAAAUGAUUUAUGCUUUGGUGCUAGUCUUUGUAAUUUGUUACAUCCCAUAUCAUGUUUAUUUCCUUCUGGUCGAAUUCCAAGUGAAAGCAUUUAUGUUCUGGCCUCCUCGUCACAUUCUUAGGAGGCUUACUUAUGUCCUGGCCUGUUUGCCAAGCGCCCUGCAUCCCGUGUGCUACGGAAUGAUGAGUAAGUUCUAUCAUAAGGCCUUUAUAAGGAUAAUAGCUUGUAGAAAAUACAAGACUCAAAAUGCCCAUUAGAAGCGGGUACUACUGAUACGGCUCCGGGGUAACCCCUAUAAUGGCCUAUAAGGUGAGGCUCGGCCAGAACGUGGUAUCCUUUUUACGCUUCAAAUUUAUGAAAUUGAGAGAAAUCUGUCAUUUCGUUUCGUAAAAAGGCCUAAAAGUGCUAAUGGACUUUGUAUGGCUGUCAAAAUGUCGGGAAUACGUUCUAGUUUUUUGAUUUAUUCAUAUUUAAAAGACAUAGCAUUUACAGCAUUUAAAAGGGGUGCAAAGUUCUAAACUAUAGGCGUGUGAAAGGGAUACCACUUGUCAAUAGAGGGUACACGAAACUGGGGGUACCAUUUCUGUCAAAAACUAUACCAUGUCUGAUAUAAAAAGCUAAGAGGUUGGACCUCAGGCCGGAGCCUCCCCGUAUAAAUAAUCGGAUUAAUUUGUUUUAAGAAAAAAUGUAACAUUAAGCAGACACUAUAGCUAUAGCGCCCGUUGGUGUUCGACUAUACAGGUUUCACUACUGGCAUCUAGGGAAAGUUCUUCAAUCGGUACUUUUAGUUCAGUUUUAAGUCUCAUGAGGAUUUCUCUAACAAUUGUCGAGUUGUUUCAUUUAUUAGCCGAGUAUAUGGCCACUGACCAGAAACGUAGAAAUUGGAAAUAACAAGCUUAAUUAUAAGUUGUUUUAAGCGAUAAAUUGAUGAUGAUUUUUCGGAGAGUAGGAGAUCUAAUUUGUGAAAAUAUUUCAUGGCAUAUUAGUCAAAAGGAAGUACAUGGGCGGAUAUAAGGGGGCGCAUGAACCACUUCAACCCUAUCUUAAUCCUUAAAAUGAUAUGCCAUAAACGUUCUUGCUAACUGGGCCAUUUUCUAGUGGUUUUUUUAAUACCUGUGAUACAUGAUAGGUACAUAAGCUUUUAAGGUACAUAAUUGUAUGUCACUGAAACAGUGUAGUCAUUUUUUCGACUUCUGAUAAGUGACAACAGUCUACAAUAGGGCCCCUGACGUCAACUGGAAUUAAAGCAAACGCUGUGCUUUUUCCGAGAACUUGUCUAUAUUUAAAAAUCAAUUGUUAGUCCAGUUUCUUGUCAGUGACGGUGUGUUACUUUGUGUCGUUGUUAACGUAAUCUUUUCAUUUUAGAAGUGAACUGUAAACUUAGGGCGCUUUCCAUUUGUCAGAAGUGACCCGGCCAGACCAUUCCUCAUGUCUUAAUGAAAAUUUCACGUUUAAUCAAAACUAUCCGGCCAGAUCAGUCAGAUCCUAAACAGUAUGCACGAAGGAGAUGGUUUUUAAGCAAAAACCCUAAAGAAAAAGCCGAUUUCAUUUGAUAUCUGACUAGUCCAGCCGGCCAGUUCUGACAAAUGGAAAGCGCCUUUAGUGUAAAUUUCGAUCAUAUUCUAAUUUGUUAGUUGUACAGUGCAAGCACACAGUUCAGUGCAUUAGUGUACAUUAUAAAUGAUUUCUAUUUCGAGGGUGCUCAAUAGGAUCCCCCCCCCCCCCCCCCUUAUUUGAAGGUUGGGAUUCAGGAUUUUAAAGCAAAAAGUGGGUUGGUAUUCGGGAUUAAAAGGAUGCACGAGACGCGGGAUGCCGAAAACAACCAUCGGGAUUACGAAAUUGUGCAAAAAUUUGGAUCGGAAUGCCGAGAUGGAUAUAAUUAAUAACAAUACUUAAUUCAAAUACAUAUGCAUAUAAACAUGAUGGACCCUUUAAGGGGACCCUUUAUUCCUAUUAUGAAGUAACACUGGGGAUUUGGUACUUACUUAUAUAAGUUUAUGUACUGUAAUGUAAGCGAUUGGUAGUGUAGGAGUUUAUCAAAAAUAAAGAGAUUAAUCGGCUAAAUUGACAUUUGUGUAUUUUGAAUAGGGUGGGGAUUUAAUUUUUUCCGCUGCAAAGACGGCUACAAGCAGGGUGAGUCAACAAAACCUACAGAUCUGAGAAACGUAUUUUUGAAAACCCCUUGA